AUGUCUUAUCAGCAGCAGCAGCAGCAGCAGCAGCAGCAGCAGCAGCAGCAGCAGCAGCAGCAGCAGCAGGAGGAAGAGUUGCAUUUUACCCUGUCUGAGUUGUCUUCAGCUCUGCUGCAGUCUCCUUUCUGUGCUGAGCAGCCGGGCCGCUACUUUGUGGUGUUGACGCUGGCAGAAGGAGAAGCAGUUCGUGCUGCACUGCAUGCACGACAGCGCCAGCAGCAGCAGCAGCAGCAGCAGCAGCAGCAGCAGCAGCAGCAGCAGCAGUUUGCGUCUCUGGUUGCUGGUCACCGUGUUGCUGUGUGUCUCCAUAACGUAACGGCUAGCUUUGCUAUGGUUGAUGGGUCUCCUUUAUUUAAUAAAAGAGAAGAGAAGGUUGCUGCUGCAGCAGGACUGCAGCAGCAGACAGCGCAUGCAUGUCUUCGUUUUAUAGACAGUCAGCUGCUAUACUCUGGCUCUCAUCUGCUGCUGCUGCAGCGGGUGCUCUCAGGUGUCUCCGCGAAGGAGAGACAGGAGUUCUUUUUCUCUAUACGUCGAUGCAGGAGACGGCAGCAGCAGGUGGUGUGGCAGCAGCUACCAGCAGCAGAGUUGCUGCUAGCAGCAGCAGCAGCAGAUGGGGGUGGCUGGGGCUCCCGCUGCAGCAGCAGCAGCACCAGCAGCAGCAGCAGCAGCAGCAGCAUGACAUCUGCAGCAGGUUCGAUAUAG